AUGGAUUCGGAUUGGACGGCGUCGGCGUCGGCGUUGUUCUCGCCCUCGAAAGCGCGAGCGCAGCAGGCGCAGGCAAAAGACUGGGCGGCAGUCGACGCGUGGAUAUGCAGAAAAUAUGGCUCGCGACUACCACCGUUCGAGAGGAACGAAGACACACUCCACGCUCUUCUGACCUUGGCCAAUCUCAAUGAGAGCGCGGAUGAGCAACGCAACCAGAUCGACAAGAUCGAGAAAGCCGCCUUGCAGUCCUUGACGAAGAGAAACGGGAAUGUUAGCGACGAGGUACUGCAUGCUUUACAGGCAGAACUGGCAAAUGAGACGCAUCUUGACACGCUGGCUGAGACGACAGUCGCCCUGGACUGUCCGAAUGCCGACAUUGCUACGAUUGGCAAAGAGCUCAUAGACCUCAGCUCGGCUCAAUUCGAGAUGCAGCAGCAAAUUCGGAAUGCCGAGAGCCAACUGGCGAACUUGACAUCCGAGCAGGCUCAUCUGCAGACCCUGCUGAAUGAGCUCCAUAGUGAUGCUUUCCAGACUCCAGCAGAUACCAGUCAACUUACAAAUGACUGGAUGAAGAGUACCAAGACUCUGAAGGCCAAGGUGGCCGAAUACGAGGAACGUCUAAGCGCAAACAGGCCUUCAACCUCGUCCGGCGGCAGUUUUGAGUCCACACAACAGCGCAUUCGAGACAUUGCAAAGCAAAGAGCAUACCUAUCAACUCUCGAAGCUGAGUUGAGUGCCUUCCGAGACCUUCCCUCGGACGCUAGGUCUGCGCGGGCAAAAUUAGAGGAAGCUCGGGAGAAUUUGAGGAAGCAGAUCACGAAGAGAGACCGUCUAUUCGAGAGUUUGGUCGAGACAUGA